CCCCAUCUGCUUCAUGCUUACCCUACAACACUUUGAUUUAAUAUUUGUUGAUUGUUAGCGGCGGUCGGACGUGUUUUUUUUUAAGUAAGACCAACUGGCACGUGUACAGCAAACGUGGUUGAGCUGACUUAACUCUAGGUUAAAAUAUAUUCUUAAAGUAAUCCUCAAUCACAAACCAAUAAAAUGGUGACCAAGACUACGGAUCAGAUGAAAGCGCUAGCGCUUAAAUUGUAUGAAAUCAAUGCAUUCAAAUUUGGUGAUUUCAAAAUGAAGGUCGGCAUCAAUUCGCCCGUUUAUUUCGAUCUGCGCGUUAUAGUGAGCUAUCCCGAUGUGAUGCAAACUGUUUCCGAUCUGCUGGUGUCUCACAUCAAAGAGCUGGAGCUGAGCUCCAAGCACGUUUGCGGUGUACCCUACACCGCUUUGCCCCUGGCCACCAUCGUCUCGGUGCAGCAGCAUACGCCCAUGCUGGUGCGUCGCAAGGAGGCGAAAGCGUACGGCACCAAGAAGCUCAUCGAGGGCAUCUAUCAGGCCGGCGACACCUGUCUGAUUGUCGAGGAUGUCGUAACAUCCGGCUCCAGCAUUUUGGAAACUGUGCGUGAUCUGCAGAGCGAGGGCAUCGUGGUCACCGAUGCCGUUGUUGUUGUGGAUCGGGAACAGGGCGGCGUUGCUAACAUAGCCAAGCAUGGCGUACGCAUGCAUUCCCUGUUUACGCUCUCCUUUCUGCUCAACACACUGCACGAGGAGGGGCGCAUCGAACGCUCCACGGUGGAUGCGGUAGCCAAGUACAUUGCGGCAGUGCAGAUAAACAGCGAUGGGUCGUUUAUUGGGGGCGAUAAGACCGUGGCUCCCAAUGAGUUUUCGCGCACUAAACUGACCUAUGAGAGUCGCGCCAACUUGGCCAAGAGUCCGCUGGCCAAGCGUUUGUUCAAUCUUAUGGUCGCUAAGCAAACAAAUCUGUGCGUGGCCGCCGAUCUGACCAAGGCCGAUGCCAUUCUGGAUGUGGCUGACAAGUGCGGGCCCUACAUUUGUCUGCUGAAAACCCAUGUGGACAUUGUCGAAGACUUCAGUGAGAAUUUUGUUGUCAAUCUUCAAGAGUUGGCCAAGAGACACAACUUUUUGCUCUUGGAGGAUCGUAAAUUUGCGGACAUUGGCAACACGGUGUCUCUGCAGUACGGCCAAGGCCUCUAUAAGAUAGCCAAUUGGGCGGACCUUGUGACAGCGCAUACACUGCCCGGACGCAGCAUUGUCCAAGGACUGAAGGCGGCGCUCACGGGCGACAAUGCGACCAAGGAGCGUGGCGUCUUCCUCUUGGCCGAAAUGUCGGCCAGCGGAAAUCUGAUCGAUGACAAGUACAAGGAGACCAGCAACAAAAUUGCCACCGAGGGCGGCGAUGUGGAUUACGUGGCGGGUAUUGUCUGCCAAUCGGCCAGCUGCUUUGCUUUUCCUGGUCUUAUACAGCUGACGCCAGGCGUUAAGAUUAACGAGGGCGUCGAUAAGCUGGGCCAACAGUACCAAACACCCGAGCAUGUGGUGAAGGAGCGAGGCGCUGAUAUUGGUGUUGUGGGGCGUGGCAUACUUGAAGCUGCGAGUGUGGAGAAGGCGGCAGUUACGUAUCGCGAUCGCCUCUGGGCAGCUUACCUGGAGCGGGUGGCCAAGUAGGACACCUGAUUU